UCUGCGUGUGGGAUUUAGCUAGUUGUGCUUCACUUUCUUUGUGUUUUACAGUCCUAAGGGUUGUUGGUGAGCUGCUGUAUGUGUGUGCAGUAAAAUGGCAGAGGCCAGGAUUUUAUGGGCUGAGGACCAGUUCAGCUGUCCGAUCUGUCUUGACCUUCUGAAAAAUCCAGUGGCCAUUCCCUGUGGACACAGUUAUUGUAUGAGCUGCAUUACAGUCUACUGGGAUCAGGAUGAUCAGAAGGGAGUCUACAGUUGUCCUCAGUGCAGACAGACCUUCACUCCAAGACCUGUUUUAGGUAAAAACACCAUGCUGGCUGAAGUGGUGGAGAAACUCAAGACAGAACUUCAAGCUGCUUGUUCUGCUCAAUGUUAUUCUGGACCUGAAGAUGUGGAGUGUGACGUUUGUACUGGGAGAAAAUGUAAAGCUGUUAAGUCCUGUCUGGUGUGUCUGAACUCUUACUGUCAAAAUCACCUUGAACAACAUGAGAAGCUCUUCAAAAGUAAGAGACACAAUUUGAUGGAUGCAACUAGACAACUUCAGGAGAUGAUCUGCCCUCAACAUAAUAAACUGCUGGAGGUUUACUGUCGUACUGAUCAGCAGUGUAUAUGUUAUCUGUGCAUGAUGGAUGAACAUAAAAACCAUGAGACUGUAUUAGCUGCAGAAGAGAGGACUGAGAAACAGCAGAUACAGUUAGAGGCGACACAGAAAACAAACCAGCAGAAAAUCCAGCAGAGAAAGAAGGAGCUUCAGGAGCUGAGAGAGGCUGUGGAGUUUCACAAGCGCUCUGCACAGUCAGCAGUGGAGGACAGUGAGAGAAUCUUUACUAAGCUGAUCCGCUCCAUUGAGAGAAGCCGCUCUGAGGUGACACAGCUGAUCAGAGAUCAGGAAAAGGCUGCAGUGAGCCGAGCUGAAGGACUCUUGGAGCGACUGGAGCAGGAGAUUGCUGAUCUGAGGAGGAGAGACGCUGAGCUGGAGAAGCUUUCACACACAGAGGAUCACAUCCAUUUCCUCCAGGGUUUCCAGUCUCUCCGUGUCUUUGGAUCUUUGUUCUCAUUCCGGCUUGCUCUCAAUUCUUCCAUCUUAUUUGAUGAUGUAGGAAAAUGUGUCUCUCAUCUGAAAGAGAAACUUGAGCAUUUUUGCAAAGCAGAGAUACAAAAGAUAUCUGAGAGAGUAUCACACAUCAAGAUUAUUCCCACCACUGAGCCCGAAAUCAGACAGAGAUUCCUACAAUAUUCUUGUAAGUUGACUCUGGAUAAAAACACAGUGAAUAAAAACCUCCGUCUGUCUGAGGGGAACAAAGUGAUUACUUACACUGAACGAGUUCAGCCGUAUCCUGAUCAUCCAGACAGAUUUGAUGGUUGUGUUCAGGUGCUGUGUAGAGAGAGUGUGUGUGGACGCUGUUACUGGGAGGUUGAGUGGAGUGGUUGGGUGGAUAUAUCAGUGUCAUACAAGAGCAUCAACAGGAAGGGACAGGGUGUUGAGUGCAGAUUUGGAAGUAAUGAUCAGUCAUGGAGUUUGUACUGCUCUGAAUCCAGAUGCUCAUUCUGGCACAAUAACAUAGAGACUGAACUCCCUGUAGUCUCCAGCUCCUCUAGAAUAGGAGUGUAUGUGGAUCACAGUGCAGGAACACUGUUCUUCUACAGCAUCUCUGACACAAUGACUCUCAUCCACAGAGUCCACACCACAUUCACUCAGCCUCUCUAUCGUGGGUUUUGGGUAGAUGAAGGAUCAGUAGUGAAACUGUGUGAUCUAACACAAUAGAUGUUAGAGCGAUUCUACAAAUAAUAUUUCUCACCCUGGGCCUUCCUGUGUGUUUGCAUGUUUUGCGGUUUCCCGUGUUUGCUUAGGUUUCCCCUGGCUGCUCUGGUUUCCCCCAGAGUCCAAAGAUAUGCAGGUCAAGUGAAUUGGAGACUACAUUGCCAGUAGGUGUGAGUGAGAGUGUGAAUGUGUCUGUCGGUGUGUUAGCCCUGUGAUGAACUGGCUUCGACCGGAUACAGCUGGGAAAGUCUCCAGCACUCCCUGCAACCCUACAUAGGAUAAGUGGCUAUAGAAAAUGGAUGGAUGUCUGUGUUCCAUGAUGAAUCAGUAAUACUACAGCUCAGCUUCUGUGAUUGAAAUAACACAUGUCAGAUACAGCAUUCAAAUCAUAUUAAUGUAAUAAUGUAGUGAAAAAGUAAAGAAAAAUGAAUGUAGAAAAAUCUUGACUCCAAUCGCACAAACAAUAUUCUUAAUGUUACUUUACUAUUAAUGCAAAUGAAACAAAUCACAAGCUUGAGUUGGAGGCAUUGUAUUGUGUUAUUUUUUUUCUUUCUGUCAAACAGGAAUAUACUGUACACAGUACCAAUCAAAAACAGUUUAAACAACUAUUUAGUUUUUUAUUAUUACCAUUUCCCACAUUUUAGAAUAAUAUGAACGUCAUAAAAGCUACGAAAUAACACAAAUGGAAGUGGAAUGUAGUGACCAAACUAUUAAACAAACAAAAACUAUCUAAUAUUUUAGCUUUUUUCAAAGUAGCCACCCUCUGCCUUGAUUUCAGCUCUGCACACUCUGGGCAUUCUCUCGAGCAACUUUAUGAGGAAUCCACCUGGAAUGCUUUUUAAAUAGUAUUAAGGUAUUCUCAAUAUGCUGGGCACUUGUUGGCUGCUUUACUUAUACAAACAAACAAAAUACAGUGAGAAAAAAAUUCAGUCAAGUGUGUCCAAACCUUUUAGUGGUAGUGUAUAUUUAUAUGGUUUCAUUGCACAUUUGCAUGACAUCACAUUCAUUACUUCAGCAAACAUUAAAGGGUUACUUCACUCAAAAAUGAAAA